AUGACUCAAAGCAAUGGACCAGUGAAAAUAGAUUCCAAAGCGGUGGCACAGACGCUGCUAGAUCAAUAUGAUACGUUCUUAUUCGAUUGCGACGGUGUAUUAUGGCUCGGAACACACCUAUUGCCUCACAUCAAAGAAACGUUGGAUUUGCUUAUCGCAAACGGAAAGACCCUCUACUUUGUUACAAACAACUCUACAAAGUCUCGUGCAGCUUACGCCAAGAAAUUUGCGUCCUUUGGGGUCACCGUCAGCGAGGAUCAAAUCUUCACAUCCGGCUAUGCUUCUGCCUUGUAUGUGAGAGACUCGUUGAAGCUUCAGCCCGGAAAGGACAAAGUUUGGGUAUUCGGAGAGUCUGGUAUUGCUGAAGAGCUAAAAUUAAUGGGCUUCGACUCUCUUGGCUGCAACGACCCCAGGUUGGAUCAAGCGUUUGACAUUACGACGUCGCCCUUUAUUACUGAAGGUUUGGACCCCAGCGUCAAGUGUGUCAUUGCUGGUCUUGACACUAAAGUUAAUUACCAUCGUCUUGCUAUCACAUUGCAGUAUUUGCAGCAGCCAGACGUGAAAUUCGUCGCCACUAACAUUGACUCUACCUAUCCCAACAAGGGCUAUAUUCUACCCGGUGCGGGCUCUAUGAUCAACUGUGUUGCUUUCGCCUCUGGUAGAGAGCCUGCUGCGUGUGGAAAACCCAAUCCCAACAUGCUAAACGCUAUCGUUACGGCUAAAAACCUUGAAAGGUCUAAGUGCUGUAUGGUGGGUGACAGAUUGAACACCGAUAUCAGGUUCGGCGUCGAGGGUAAACUUGGAGGUACUUUACUGGUCCUUACCGGUAUCGAGACCGAAAAGAAUGCCUUGGAUACGUCUGGCGAUCAUCCUCUGCCCAAAUACUACGCGGAUAAGUUGGGUGAUAUCUACGAACUGAUCAAUUAA